UAGCCGCCCCUCGCUCGUUACAGUGGCGAAAGGGGAGGAGACUGGGGAAUGAAGGUAGCGGGGAGGGCAAGGCGAGGAGGAAGGCAGAUAGCGAGGUCUGGGCAGGGCGGAGGAGGAGGAGGCGGACGGAAAGGGAGGACAAGGGAGAGGGAAGGUCUGUGAGCUCGAGUUUCGCUCUUGCUCACGAGGACUAGAACGCCAACACGGACAUUGCUUCACUUCUUGAGCGUUUCGAGUCUAAGGGUGCUUUUCGCGGGCCAAGGACGCACGGUGUUUGUUCAAGACUCAUUCAAAUAAAUCUAUUCAAUUGGAGUAACGUGAAUACUAACUGUGUUCAGCCCUAGUUGCUCUUUACUCCGACAGAGGCACUUCGUUUUUGCGCCUUGUGUCAAAGCCUUCUCGAUCGUCGUCAAUCUUGGGGGUUCUAUCAACACAACUCCUUGCUCUCUAUGUUCGGGGUUGAAACAUUCUCUGUACUCGGGAGGUGGAAGACGACUAGUAGAGGCGGUUUUUUUUAUUUCAGGCGAAUUUCGGGUUCAGUAGUCGUUAGUGUUCCGUAAAUCGAGAAACAGAGGGCGUUGAAGAUAACGUUGGGUUUUCCUUGGAAAAAGAGCGGCGGGUUUCUGACAGUGCAAUUGAUUAGUUGGAGAAUUUCGCAGUUUUUCUGGGGUAAUCAGCCGUAUCCGAUUAGGAGUUGACACUCAGAAAUCAUUACGUGGAGAAGGUAACAGACAUAUGGCCGCGGCACGGCAGGAGGAAAAUAACCGGAGACGUCCGGGGGGUGACCUAGAGGACGAGAGGGAAGCAAAGAGAACAAAAUUGCGAGUAGUGCUGAAUACUGCGGACAGCAAUUUGGAUUUCAAUGUAAAUGGGAACGGGCUGAUUGGCAGCUCCCUGCACGAGAAGGGGUUCAGUUACUGCUGGUCUGGGGCGCGGGCUAAUCUCGGUGUUUUGAGCGGACGGUAUUGUUUCGGGUGCAAAGUCACUGCUAUUCAAAAAGUUGAUAUGCCGGACACACCAAAUGAUCAGAAGAACUUGUGUCGCGUGGGAGUAUCAAGAGGAGACUCAGAUGUUGCCUGUUUAGGGGAGAGCAAGCACAGUUUCGGAUUCGGUGGUUCUGGGAAGUUCUCAGUGGGAGGCAGUUUCAAGGACUAUGGAGAAAAGUUUGGCGUAGGCGAUACUAUAGUCUGUGCGGUAGACUUAGAGAGCAAGCCCAUGGCUAAAAUUUCUUUCUCCAAGAAUGGCAAAUGGCUGGGUAUUGCGAAGGAAUUUGAUGCCGGACCGGCUGGAGUUGGUGUAACCGAGCCCGUUUUUGGACAAGGGCUCCCUUGGGCCCGAGCUCUAUUUCCUCAUUUGCUACUGAAGAACGUCACGGUACAGAUGCAGUUUAGUGUCAGUGAUGGUCUUGUACCGAUGCAAGGCUACAAGCCCUGGGACGUUGCUUUGGAAGACGGGCUGGCUAUGGAGGGUCCAAGAAUUGGAAACAAAAGUGACUGUGAAUUGUUGAUGAUGGUCGGAUUACCUGCAUCUGGCAAGACGAGCUGGGCUGAGCAGUGGAGUAGAGACCACCAGGACAAGCGUUACGUCAUCCUUGGAACUAAUCUCGCUCUGGACCAAAUGAAGGUUCCUGGUUUGCUCAGAAAGCACAACUAUGCCCAGCGAUUCGAACAACUCAUGUCACGGGCUACUGAGAUUUUCAACACCUUACUGGAGAGAGCGUCAACAACACCACGGAAUUAUAUCAUCGAUCAAACAAAUGUAUAUUUAAGUGCUCGGAAGCGCAAACUAAAGCUCUUCAAUGGCUUCAGAAAGAUCGCGGUCGUGGUGGUUCCUAAGACUGAUGAGCACGCCAGACGAACGACCGCUAGAGCAAAGGAACUGGGGAAGGAAGUGCCUAUCGAAGCAGUAAACGACAUGAAGGCGAACUUUGUUCUACCUAAAAGCAAAGACAUGGCGAAGUCAGAUGAGCCUUUUGACGAGGUUUGGUUUGUGGAGACUCAGAGGCAAGAGGCAGAGCAGAUUGUUCAAAGGGAUAAGAACAAUCUGCCCAAGCCUGUUCCUCGGCAGCUUACUCAAGGAGGGAGAGGGAUGCCAUUACCUAUGGGCUCUCUGGCUGGAGGCCUCGUAGAUCAUUGGGGAAAUCCGUUGAUGUAUCAAAGAGGAAACAUGCCGAUGCCUAUGCCUCAGAACUACGUUCAAGGGCUACUAGGGUCACCUGACAAAUUAAUGGGUCCUAGAGGUGAAAUGCUUGGUCCUAGGGGAGAAAUUCUGGGGCCUAGAGGAGAGAUGUUAGGACAAAGGGGAGACAUGAUGGGUCAGAGAGGGGAGCUCGUGGGACCAAGAGGAGAAAUGUUGGGACCAAGAGGUGAGCUAUUGGGACCAAGAGGAGAGUUGCUGGGACCAAGAGGAGAGCUUAUAGGCCAAAGAGGUGAGAUGCUGGGUCAAAGGGGAGAGCUAUUAGGUCAAAGAGGAGACAUGAUGGGUCAGAGGGGCGACAUGCUUGGUCCACGAGGUGAGCUGCUGGGUCCACGAGGUGAGUUGCUAGGACAACGAGGCGAGCUCAUCAAUCAGAGAGGAGAGCUUCUGAAUCAAAGAGGAGAACCGUAUGGCCAGAGAGUCGAGCUUAUUGGACACAGAGGAGAAAUGGUUGGUCCAAGAGGAGAGUUGAUGGUUGGUCAGAGAGGAAUGAACAUGCCGAAUGCCACUGGUCUACCGAUGUCAGCUUAUGAUGCUUUGAACUCCCUGAGUCCUACGAUGAACCUUUCGCGGAAUGGAUAUGAAUCGCUCAAUCCUGCUACUGGGCUUCCAAGGUCCGCUUACGAUGGAAUGAAUGGAGCUACUGGAAUGCCGAGGUCUGGUUAUGAUAAUGGGAACUAUGACGCUGUAAAUACUUUGAAUGGGUUGCAGAAGGCAGCCUAUGAAGCAGGGAAGCACGCCAAUGGUCUUGGAAGAUCCCCAUACGACAUCGUAGGUCCGGCAGUGGGGUUGCCCAUGUCUGGACAUGACGGAUUGACUUCAGCGAAUGGACUUCCCAGAGGGAUGUUUAAUCCGAAUGAUGGUUUUAAUCCAAACUAUACCCAGAACAUGUCGUCCGUCGUCGUUCCAGAGUAUGGCGGAGCACCACAUCCACAUGCACAAGCUCCGGGGCUAAGAGGUCCACUGCUGCCUUUGCCAACCCAACAACCUAGUCGUCCACACUAUUACUGACUCAAGGUCAUGGCUGCUGUGGAAUAAAGUAUUCACUGUACGAGUGACUUGGGCAUGAUAAGCAGGAGCUUUGAAAUCAGGAUAGAUCGUCCGCAACAGAGUUUCAUGUUUGAUUUUUUGUUCUUUUCCUUGGGAGCCAGUCACCUAAGGCAAGUAGCUUGCACUAAUACGGAUAUGACGGGCAGAUUUAGUUAGUGUACUGUAGUCUUUUUUGCCAGUUUUAUUUAGGAACUUUCUAAGGACUAGAUUAGUUAUUCAUCAUUCUGCCUCCAACCUCUCCGCCGUCCCAAGUUAUGGUCAUGAGCUUUAGAUUAGUGGUCGCCUUGACCAGCAGCUCGCUGCCCAAAGUCUCAGCGUGAUCUCUACUCGGUAGAACGUACUACUAUCGUAGUUCACGCGUGUUCCUUGUGAAACGAAAUUUUGAGACUUUCCUUUCUCUUCGUGUAAUGUGAGAUUGGAAAUCAGUUCCCGUCGUGCUCACCGCUGUUGGCACCAAAUUGAGAUCCUGUCACUUCUGAUACAAAGUUUCAUGUUCUACUUAUUGCCAGCUCCGACAUGGUCAUGCCUGACCUUUGGGACAUAGUUAGCAGUAGCUUUUACACGGAGCUCUAUAAUGUUCAUGGAAAUUUCUCCAAGUGAAACUUUGACACAAUAUAUUCAUGCCUUGUGCUUUGUGUCCCG